GAGCAAGAGAAACUUCUUGGUCGUCAGAAAAACAAAAUACAUAAUAACACAUCACUACGAUUUCACAAAACGUUGCGGUUCCUCCUUUUAGUAUACCGAUCGGUUUCGUUCUAACUUUAAACGUGUGGACUGUUUCCAAAGAUGUUGUCACGCUGGUCGCGCAAAGCUGUUGAUAAAUACUUGGCGUUCCAAGUACUACGCAGCGCAACCGGGCGGACACGGGAUUACAGCACCGAUAAAAAAUUCAGCAUCAAAGACGAAGUACUAGAUGGCCGGCCACUCUACCUGGAUGCUCAAGCGACCACAUCGCUGGACCCAAGAGUUCUCGAUGCGAUGAUGCCAUACAUGACCGCUUACUAUGGAAAUCCACACUCGCGAACGCACGCGUACGGUUGGGAAUCGGAGGAAGCUGUCGAGAAGGCUCGUGCACAGGUAGCUUCGCUCAUUGGUGCAGAUCCGAAAGAGGUCGUGUUUACGUCCGGUGCAACAGAAUCGAACAACAUCUCGGUCAAGGGUAUUGCGCGGUUUUACGGCGUGAAGAAAAAGCAUGUCAUCACUACGCAGACAGAGCAUAAAUGCGUGUUGGAUUCUUGCCGUGCACUCGAGGGCGAAGGAUUCCAUGUAACGUAUCUGCCCGUACAGUCGAAUGGAUUGAUCAGUAUGGAAGAGCUGGAGAAAGCCAUCACACCGGAAACAUCACUCGUAUCCAUAAUGACCGUCAAUAAUGAGAUCGGUGUAAAGCAACCGGUCGCCGAGAUCGGACGGCUGUGCAAAUCGAAGAAGGUUUUCUUCCACACUGAUGCAGCACAAGCCAUCGGCAAGAUACCGGUCGAUGUGAACAAAAUGAACAUCGAUCUGAUGUCAAUCUCUGGGCAUAAAAUCUACGGACCAAAGGGCAUCGGUGCGUUGUACGUGCGCCGCAAGCCACGCGUUCGAGUCGAAGCGAUUCAAAGCGGUGGUGGUCAAGAGAGAGGCCUUCGUAGUGGAACCGUACCCACACCAUUGGUCGUUGGUUUGGGAGCCGCCUGUGACAUAGCGAGCCGCGAAAUGGAAUACGAUCACCGAUGGAUGGAGUUUCUGUCGAAACGAUUGAUGGACAAAAUAUUUGCCGAAUUACCGCAGGUCAUCAGGAACGGCGAUCCGGUACAUUCGUAUCCGGGGUGUAUCAAUCUUUCCUUUGCCUACGUCGAGGGUGAAUCGUUACUGAUGGCUCUCAAGGAUGUGGCGCUUUCCAGCGGAUCGGCAUGUACAUCCGCAUCGCUGGAACCGUCGUACGUGUUGCGCGCAAUCGGUACGGAUGAAGAUUUGGCACACAGUUCGAUUCGUUUCGGUAUCGGGCGUUUCACGACUAUCGAGGAGGUGGAUUAUACGGCGGAAAAGUGCAUCAAGCACGUCACACGAUUGCGCGAGAUGUCUCCACUGUGGGAAAUGGUGCAGGAAGGUGUGGACAUUAAGAGCAUCAAGUGGUCGCAGCAUUAAAGCAAGUGAUCUGGAUCGCUUGAUGCAAUAAUAACGAUUUGGCAAUAGCUUCGUCUUCAUGCAAUUGUUUCUAGCGUGAGGUGCAUGCUAAAUUAGAGCUUGUAAAGAAUUGAAAUGCAUUGAUUAUUUUACGUUACUUUUGUAUUUCAUGCAGUAAACAAAAUAUCUUUUACUCAUGUUGGUGGUUAAUUGAUUAGGUUGGGUUAUACUGCUUGUAACGAAAAUAUACGAAAACUGAUGAACA